AUGGCGGAUAAAGAGAACAGUACUCGAAAGGCAGUAAGCUUGAACGACAGACACUACCGUUUAAUCCAAGACCUCUCUGCUCCUCCCAAACCCAAAGAAGAGUCUGAAGAGGAGGCAUUUCAGGUUCCACGUCGUCUUUGCAAGCAAUCCCAUAGAGACGAAUCUAUUCCUCACUUCUCUGGAAUCACCGAUUUUGAUUCUCCUAUUGAAGAGGAAGAAGCAAAGACUUUGAAGGUGAAGAUAGAGGGUAGACGUCGUUUGUGUAAAGUUUCAUCUCGGGAUGCAGAUAAAACAUUGAUUAGUAAUGAACCUAAUUUUUCUGGAAUAUGUGAUUUUGGUUCACCUUUGCAAACAAAGAAUGUUUGUGAGGAUGGAGGUCAAAUUAUAGAUAUUUUACAUGACUUGAGCUCCAAGCUUGAGCUUUUGUCUAUACAGAAAAAGGCAGCCCCAAAAAUGAAAUCUCCAGAAUAUUCUAGUGCUGAUUCUUCAUUUUCUAAUACAUCUGAUCCCUUAUCAGGUUCAAAUAAGAAAAUUGGAGGAGGUGUUCAGGAUGUAAUUAAUUUGUGUGAACAGAAGGUUUGUGAAGAAGAAUCAAGAAAGAUUAAGGAGAAAUUGGUGUCAGUGUCUAGGGUACAUGAACCUAAGAAAAAUUUUCAAAGGCUAAAGAAGAAUGAACCCAAAAAUGCAUAUGAGCGGUUGUUGUCUGUGGGUGGGUCUUAUGCAUCGGAACACGAAGAAGAGGUUGAUGAUGAUUGUUUAAUAUUAAGCAAGAAACAAGGAAUUAAAAAAGCUGGUGGAUAUGGUAAUAACAUGAAGAAGUAUGAUCAGUCUGAGGAAGUCAAUGAGCUUGAUGAUUAUGAUGAUGAUUCCUUAUCAGAAAGUGAUCAGCCUAUUAUUUUGAAUGGACCAAAUUCAACCUUUAAUCUGCCAACAAAAGUUGCAAAAAUGUUAUAUCUGCAUCAGCGUGAAGGGUUGAAAUGGCUUUGGUCUUUGCAUUGCCAGGUUAAGGGUGGAAUCUUAGGGGAUGAUAUGGGCCUGGGAAAAACAAUGCAGAUUUGUGGCUUUCUAGCAGGAUUGUUUCAUUCAAAGUUGAUUAAAAGAGCUUUAAUAGUUGCCCCCAAAACAUUGCUCUCUCAUUGGAUCAAAGAACUCUCUGUUGUAGGGCUUUCUAGGAAGACUAGAGAGUACUUUGCGACUUCUGCUAAAACUCGACAAUAUGAGCUUGAUGAUGUACUUCAGAACCAAGGGAUUCUUCUGACAACGUAUGAUAUUGUACGGAACAACUCUAAAGCUUUGAAAGGAGAAAGCUACUACAGUGAUGAUGAGGAUGAUAUCAUAUGGGACUAUAUGAUUCUUGAUGAGGGCCAUCUCAUAAAAAACCCUAGCACACAAAGGGCAAAAAGUUUGCUUGAUAUACCAAGUGCUCAUCGGAUAAUCAUAAGUGGCACGCCAAUUCAGAACAAUCUAAAGGAACUGUGGGCCUUAUUCAACUUCUGUUGUCCUGAGCUACUUGGUGAUAAUAAAUGGUUUAAGGAAAGAUAUGAGCAUGCUAUUUUACGUGGAAACGACAAAAAUGCAACUGAGAGGGAAAAGCGUAUCGGCUCAACAAUUGCCAAGGAGCUAAGAGAACGUAUUCAACCUUACUUUUUACGCCGGUUAAAGAAAGAGGUAUUUGGUGAAGAUAAUGACUCGAGUGCCAAGCUUUCCAAGAAAAAUGAGAUCAUUGUAUGGCUAAAGUUGACUGGUUGCCAGCGACGACUGUACGAGGCUUUUUUGAAUAGCGAGAUAGUUCUUUCAGCUUUUGAUGGCUCGCCUCUAGCUGCUUUGACGAUUCUUAAGAAAAUAUGUGAUCAUCCACUUCUCUUGACAAAGAGAGCUGCUGAGGAUGUACUAGAAGGGAUGGAAUCGAUGCUGAAUCCAGAAGAUGUUAGCGUCGCUGAAAAAUUGGCCAUGCAUGUUGCUGAUGUUGCUGAAACAAAUGACUUUCAAGAUAACCAUGACAAUCUCUCAUGCAAAAUAUCCUUUAUACUCUCACUUUUGGACACUUUAAUUCCAGAGGGUCAUCAUGUUCUUAUCUUUUCUCAAACUCGCAAAAUGCUUAAUCUUAUUCAGGAGUCUCUAGCAUCAAACAACUACAGGUUUUUACGUAUUGAUGGUACUACAAAAGCAACUGACAGAGUGAAGAUUGUUAAUGAUUUUCAAGAAGGUAUUGGGGCUCCUAUAUUUCUUCUGACAUCCCAAGUUGGUGGUCUAGGCCUUACACUUACAAAAGCAGAUCGAGUCAUUGUGGUUGAUCCUGCUUGGAACCCGAGCACGGAUAACCAAAGUGUUGAUCGGGCAUAUCGAAUUGGGCAAAAGAAGGAUGUCGUGGUAUACAGGUUGAUGACCUGUGGAACUGUUGAAGAGAAGAUUUACAGAAAGCAGAUAUACAAGGGGGGAUUAUUUAAGACUGCAACUGAGCACAAAGAACAGAUCCGCUACUUCAGUCAACAGGAUCUUCGAGAACUUUUUAGCCUUCCAAAACAGGGGUUUGACAUUUCACUUACUCAAAAGCAAUUACACGAAGAGCAUGAUAGACAACAUAAAAUGGACGAAUCAUUGGAAAACCACAUAAAAUUCCUGGAAACAUUGGGAAUAGCUGGAGUUAGUCAUCACAGUCUGCUUUUCUCUAAAGCAGCUCCGUUACAAGUUGUAGAGGAAGAAGAUGAAGAAGACAUAAGGAGAAAAGGAAAUAUGGCCGUGAGAUAUUCAUCUUCAAGUUCUGCAGUUGAACGGAGUCCUGAUGGAGCUGAAUAUGCUUUCAAGCCAAAGGAUGUAAUGCUGAACAGGAAAAGCGCAUCCCCUGAAGACAUAGCCAAAUUAACUGAGAGUGAAAUUAAACUGAGAAUCAAUCGCUUGUCCCAAAUAUUUGCAAACAAGGUUACGGUGUCGAGGUUGCCUGAUAAGGGAGCAAAGAUAGAAAAGCAGAUUGCAGAACUGAAUGCAGAGCUCCACAAGAUGAAGACUGCAAAAGAAGCUCAAACUGAAACUGCAGAUGGUGUAGAUGAUAUAACUGGAAAACUGCAAAAUGUGUUGAAUGUAUAGAUGAUGGGGUAAAUGCCAAUUGUUUUGUGAACUAUCUAGCACUUGGAGUGGAAUUUGUGGAUAUGUUUAGGACUGCCCU